AUGGGCAUAUUCGUGGAAAUCCCCGGCUCGAACAUGUUAAGUAUGACGCGGUUUCUACCGGAACACGUAGGUAAAAUGGGCAAUGGCCACACGAGGGAUAAUGGGGAGCACAGUCUGCUGACGGUGUCGAAAGACGGCCACUCAGGUGUCAAGCCAAUACGGAUGCAACGUCGGCGUCGCAGCUCGUCUUCUGACUUGUCGAUGGCCAGCAUGACGCCGUCGAUGUGCUCGGUGAUGUCGCAAGUUAAGCAGAACCGGCGCCGACGCACCACAAGUACCAGUAGUGACAGCAGUAAGCAAUCGCUAGAACCACCAUGCGCGAGCGCGAGCUCGGUGUCAUCGUCAUAUCGUGCGACCGAAAGCUCUCGACGCGCACGCACGCUAUCGGACGACUUCUUCGGCGACUGGUUCGGCAGCCUCGGAUGCGAUGCCGUGACCAAAGCCGUCCACCACGGUACAGAACACCCGCUAGAGGUGUCAAUGAGUCUCGACAGCGCGUUGCUUUCAGAAGAACCGCGCGUAAAAGUUGUCAACUUGCCAGAUCUCAACUUCAGCGACCAAUAUCGUGUCAGCGACAUUGUGCAGUUUUAUACACCUGUGUUCCAACGUCGCAAGCGCAGCAAGUCGCGCCGCACCUCCGUGGACCUCACUAUCGACACUACGAAGCGUGUGGGCACUGCACAGGUUUCCGAUGUUUACGGCAGCGAUACGCUGUCGGUGAAACAGCUGGCGUCUGUGCGAGGCUCAUCGCGGGCUUCAUCGCCACUAAUAUACGAAAAAGAUAUCGUUGAAAUGGAGCAUUGGCCCACACAAGAAAGCGACACUCAAGAAUCCACAGAUAGUGCCGCUAAUUAUUUAUGGACCGAUCGUCCUCUCAAGCGCACCCGGCAACAAUCUCUGAAUCCAAACUUUCUCAAGUUGUACGCCCUCGAGACAUCAUGCAAGUCGCGCAAUACCAUUCCAGAUCUGAACGUGGACGAACAGGUACUACGGCGGCUCAGCUACGAUGAUAUCUGGGCUCUAGACAUUCCGGCUGCGUCCCAAAACCAGGGCGUGUCCGCCUACGACAUUAAAAUUGCACUUAUAACCAGGAAGAAGCUGUGGUCCGAGAUGCUCUCGGUCCCCCGAUCCGAUCUCCACGGUGCCAGCUCUCCCUGGAACCUCAAAUUCAUUGCAUCUUCACAAAACGAAACUGCCUCCACGAGCUCGUUGGUCCGUGUCAAAUCGGACCUCAAGCCUUGGACUGGCCAACUCUCAUCGCUAAUGUUGAGACCAUGCGGGAAGCUGGCUCUCGACAAAUCACGACCAGGCUCGUGCACAAGGGAAAUACAAUACGUGGUGAAAGGCUGGUGCGACAGCAGGUUUGUAAAUUGA